AUGAUCUUCCCCAACUUCGCUGCCGGCCUUGUUGCCGCUCUUUCUAUCUCUGGUGUAAACGCUGGUCUUUGCCGUCCUAGCUCGCAGACCAGCGUGGUGGUUUCGUCUGGUAGCACUACGGCUAAGACUGCAUCUGAGACUUCAGCCACGCAGACCGUUGUUGGUACCACUACCACCAGUGUCGAGACCUCCGAGACCACCACCAGUGUUGAGACUGGUGCUGAGACGACCACGAGCGUUGAGUCUGGAUCUGAGACCACUUCCCUACCAAUUGUCUCUGACACCACCACCGCUGAGACAUCCUUGGCUACUACUACUGCCCUCACCACCUCUGGUAUCGAUAUCACUACCGACGUGACCACCUUUAUCACCUUCACCGCCACCGACACAACCACUUCUGAGCUGGCGACAACCUCUGCUUUCGUCCCUGCCGAUCUCUUCCCCUGCGUCACCAACGAAGACUGCAAUGCUUUCGUUCAGCUCUGCGAUGCCGUCCGCUGCGGCUGCAUCAACCGCAACUGCGAGCAACUCACAGGCACCACCACUGCCGAGCCUACAACCACCGCAGCUGUCGACGAGGAAACAACCACUGCCGCUGAGGCCACUACAACUGCCGCCGUCGAGGAGAACACAACCACCGCCCCGGUUGAGGAGCCUGCUACAACCACUCAACCCGAGGAAGUCGCCACUACUCAACCUCCUGCUCGUCGACGUGCCGUUGCUGUCCCUGUUCCCGAGGGUGCGCACUACUGCGAUGUUACUGAGGAUUGUGGCGAGAAGACCGACAUUGAUGGAUACAGCUGCGAGGUCUUUGGAUGCACUUGUCUUGAGAACUCUUGCGUUGCUGAGGUGCCCAACCUCUGA